CGGACACUGAUGCUAAGCGGCAGUUCUGACCGGUGAGGAGGGAGCAGGAGAGGCGAGCCUGGAGCCUAGAUCGCCUCGGGCGCCACCGGCCAUGCCGGCUCCCCUGCUCCCGCUGCUGCUCCGGACGCUGCUGGCCCGCCUGCUGCUGCCUGCCGCCCGCCUCGCCCGCCAGCACCUCCUGCCCCUGCUGCGCCGGCUGGCCCGCCGCCUGGGCUCCCAGGAUACGCGAGAGGCUUUGCUGGGCUGUCUGUUGUUCGUCCUCAGCCAGAGACACCCGCCAGAUGCCGGGGAGGCCUCCGGAGUGGCCCGCCUGGAGAGGAGGGAGAGGCUAGCCUCCCAAAAAUGAGGCCAUGAAUCCCGGUAGCAGCUGUACCCAUUGAAAUGCUUUCUUUUGGAGUAAGAGAGUCCUGACCCCGUCACUGACUGCAGCCUGCCUAGUGGGCAGAAGACACGGUGGGCAGAAGACAUGCAGCCUGCCUAGCGGACUGAGCACGGGAGGGGUCCGGCCAAGACAGGCCUCCCCACGCCCAGCAGAAAUGAUUGGAAGGAUGCUCAGCAUUUAGCAGAAAACCCAUCAUCAUCCCUCCCUCUCUGCCCCUGUAUUCUUCCCAAGAACUUUUCUUUUCUAUCUUUUUUUUUUUGGCCGCGCAGCAUGUGGGAUCUUAGGUCCCCAGGGGUCGAACCUCUGCCCCCUGCACUGGAAGCGCAGAGUCUUCACCUCCGGACCACCAGGAAAGUCCCAUCUUUUCUUCUUUUAUUUUUUUUCCAAGAACUUUUCAAAUUACCUCUGGCCUCUGGGGGGAGAGGAACUGACUCUCCUCUGUCACUCCCCACCCCCAGGCAAAUGGGGACUUGAGGGACAAUGCUUGACCCUGAAACAAUGGACAAUUUAGCUAAUCCAGACUGUCUGUCUUUGACUAGGGAUUUACCAAGUAGUAAGACCUUGGUUCCCUAGGGAGUCAGUCCUGCCUCCAAAGCCCAGCAUGCAGCAG